GUAGGAAAAAGUCAGAGAGGGAGGAGCUAUGGGUGUAGUAGGCGUGGCGAGGAAACGGAAUGAGACGGGGUCAGGUUCCCUAUGCUCCGAGCUUGCCAGGUGAUAGGACAGCAAGCAUGCAAGGGGUGUAGACAAAGCAGGACAAGAAUGUGGGUAUUUAAGUGCCUGCUACAUUCAAAUAAACGCCAUUUUGCUUCACUUAUACUGGGGGUCUGUGCAAGCAUUUGGCCCCGACCUGCUCAGGGUCGGUCUCGCUGGGCCGUGGCGCCCUCGGUUGGCAGAGGACGAACAACACGAAGAAGCAACAAGUGGUGACCACGACGUGAUCUGCCUAUCGAGGGUUAACCAGCCGGCGUGCCCGUGAAGCGGAGAAGAGCCUGUGAGGUGGCGGCAGGUCGCGUGUGUAACCAUGGAACAAGUGAUUAAGUCCCUGUUCGCAAUAAUCAAGGACUGGCUCAGCGAUACCAAUGGCGAGUACUCCCGCAAGGUAUGGCUCCUGGGAAAGCCGAAGAAAGAGAUGGAGACGAAGCCCCGGAGGCAGACAAAAAGCAAAUCGGGAAAGCCAGGUGGGUACCAACCGUUGCUGCCGAUGAGAAAACAUACCUCUGCCCUGCAGCCAGUAUGGCUAGUGUGUGUGAUGGUCAUUGCUUUGAUAUCGGGGGCUGGGGGAGCUCAGCUCUUGCCACAGCCAGGAAAUGUGUGGGUCACCUGGGCAAAUAGGACGGGCCAAAAGGACUUUUGCCUUAGCUUGCAAUCAGCAACUUCGCCUUUUCGCACCUGCCUAAUAGGUAUCCCGCAAUAUACGUUGGAAGCCUUUGCGGGAUACACCACGAACCAUUCCAGUUGCCGUAAUGACGGCGAUCUAGCAAGCCAAACGGCAUGUUUGAUAAAAUCUCUGAAUGUGUCUCUUCCAUGGGAUCCGCAGGAAUUAGAUAUCUUGGGGUCGCAAAAGGUACGAAAUGGGUCACAUAAUGGCACGCGUACCUGUAUUACCUUCGGGUCAGUGUGCUGGCAGGAAGGUCAAUUCACUACCUGCGACUUGUUUGACGGGGUAUUCAACGGCUCCGAGGGAUUGGAAGGACAAUUGCAGGCCCUAAUUGCCCGGUGGACAGGAACAGAUCCGCGGCUGAGGCCGUACAAUGAGACCUCUUGGACUAUAGUUAGCCCUACAAACACAGACGCUUUCUCUAUCCAGUCGGGUUAUUGCGGAUAUACCAAAAAUGAAACACGGGUCUUCACAGGGCGCAAUACAACCUGCUUGUCAAAGGGUGGGAUCCCUUCUAAUCCUAGCAAUGGAUCCUCAUUUAAAUGUACGGCAGUUUGGGACUUUUAUGGGUAUGGGUUCUCUUUCAAAAGGGGUGCCAACGAGGUGCUAUGGAAUAACAAAACGGCCAAGGCGUUGCCCCCUGGAAUCUUCUUGAUUUGUGGGGAUAGAGCCUGGCAGGGCAUCCCGCACAAUGCCUUAGGGGGACCCUGUUACCUAGGGGAGCUGACGUUACUGUCUCCAAAUUUCACGACAUGGAUGCAAUACGGUCCGAACGUGACAAGCCAUCGUGUUAAACGGUCGAGCCCUGUUCCGGAGAGCUGCAAUGACGAGGUAGAGUUAUGGAGUGCCACAGCACAGAUAUUCGCAUCGUUUUUCGCCCCUGGGGUUGCCGCAGCACAGAGCUUGGCUCAGAUAGAACGCCUAGCAUGUUGGUCGGCUAAGCAGGCGAAUUUAACGACAUUAGUACUGAAUGCGAUGUUAGAGGACACGAACAGCAUUCGACAUGCGAUGCUGCAAGAUAGAGCGGCCAUCGAUUUCUUGCUCCUGGCACAGGGGCAUGGGUGUGAGGACCUAGAAGGAAUGUGUUGCUUCAAUCUUAGCGACCACAGUGUAUCCAUCCAUAAAGCGCUGAAAGCCCUGCAAGACCACUCAAAUUAGAUCCAAGUGGAAGACGAUCCCAUUGGGGACUGGCUUAAAGGUGUGUUUGGCAGCUUUGGAGGGUGGGUUGCGAAGAUUAUUAGGGUAGUUGCGCUAGUAUUGCUUGUAAUAAUUUGUAUUGCGGCCAUUUUGCCAUGCUUCCAGAAUUGCCUCUCAAGAAUUAUGUGGCAAGUUAUGGAUCAGCGGAUACAGUAUCACAAGGCGAAGGGUCAGCUAUGAAGUUUGCGUUCGCACUGUGACGGGUUAGUAGCUUUUGAGCAUAGGGAGGGGGAGAUGUAGUAGGCGUGGCGAGGAAACGGAAUGUGACGGGGUCAGGUUCCCUAUGCUCCGAGCUUGCCAGGUGAUGCCCUGUGAUAGGACAGCAAGCAUGCAAGGGGUGUAGACAAAGCAGGACAAGAAUGUGGGUAUUUAAGUGCCUGUUACAUUCCAAUAAACGCCAUUUUGCUUCACCUA